UGGAGGAAGAAAAGGAGGAGGAGGAGGAGGAGGAGGACAGUCAGAUUCGGAGAUGAGUGAGUGGGAGGAGGUGGGGGAGAUGGAGGGGGUAGAUGAGGUGAAGGAACUCCUCUCUCAGACUGAAGGAGGAGGAGGAGAAGGAGGAGGAGGAGGAGGAGUGAAGAUUGAGUUAGAUGCUCCGGAAACACUUUGGGGAAUGAAGAGGAGGAAGAAGAGGAGGACGGAAGAGGAAUUGAUCGAGGACUACCUGAGGCGCAAGGUUAACGACACCAUCCGGCAGGUGGCGCAGAACACACACAAGGUCCACCUGCUGUGUCUUCUGGCCCACGGUCGCCACCUUAACGCAAAGCUGGGCACUGGCACUCUUCUGGGGGCUGCACUCUCCACCACCCCAGGGAAGAACGCACACCCGCCGGGCCGCCUUGACCUCACACACCUGCAGCGUCUCGUCACCUGGUUUGGCAAGAAAUUUCCGCUAAAUAAUAACGUACUGGAGAAAGGUUACUGGGAUUUGCCGAUUGACGAUGUUUUGGUGACGCGAUUUGGUGCCGGGGAGAUGCGCAGUGUCCGGGAGGCUGUGCUGUGUUUUGUGGCACUGUGCCGGGCCUUGGGUAUCAGUGCCAGGCUGGUAAUGGCACUACAGCCGUUGCCAUGGAAACCCGCAGCUGGGUCGCUCAUUAAACCUGGGAAGACUGAAGAGGAGGAGGAAAAACAGUCUUCUACUACUACUACUACUACUACUACCUCUUCUUCUUCUUCUUCUUCUUCUCCCAAGCCUUCCUCCUCCUCUUCAAAGCCUCACCCUCCUCCUCCUCCUCCUCCUCCUCCUCCUCCUCUUCCUCCUCCUCGAAGCAAAAAGAUUCAAACACCAAGAAAUUGAAUCGUAAAAUGCUGUCGUCUGAUUCUGAGACAUCACCAAAGGACACAAGAGGAAGAGGAGGAAAGAAGAGGAAGACAGAUGAAGAGGAAGAGGAAGAGGAGGAAGACAGCGACUUUGAAAUCAAGAAGACUAAAUUUCGUAAACCGGUGAAGCAAAGAAGGAAGUCGCAAGAAGAAGAUGAGAAGAAGAAGAAGAAGAAGGAAGAGGAAGGGAGGAAGAAGAGGAAGACUGAGAUGGUGGAGUGGGUGGAGGUGUUCGUGGAGGAGGAGGAGAAGUGGGUGUGUGUGGAUGUCGUGCGGGGGAAGAUCCAUUGUGUGGCGGAUAUUGAGGCCCGUCUGCCCCCCGGGUCGGCCUACAUCACCGCCUUCACCCCUGACCUUCGAGUUAAGGAUGUCACUCUGCGCUAUGUGUCCACUUGGCUGUCCGCUGAGAAGAAGUUGCGGUGUAGCAGCGAGUGGUGGGAGGAGGCACUGCGGUCAUUCCGAGUAGCAAGGACACAGAGAGACAAGGAGGAGGAUGAAGAGAUGAGGAAAAUAUUGCACCUCCAGCCACUUCCCAAGACUGUGGCUGAGUACAAGAACCACCCCCUGUAUGCCCUACAACGCCAUCUACUGAAAUUUGAAGCCAUCUACCCCCCGGAUGUUUCCCCGCUGGGUUCUUUAAGGGUGAACCAGUCUAUCCCAGGUCCAGCAUUCACAACCUCCACUCCAGGGAGACGUGGAUCAAAGAGGCGCUGUCUGUCCGAGUGGAUGAGGAGCCCUACAAGACAGUGAAGGCCAGACCCAAGUGGGAUAGGGUGACGUGCCAGAUGGUGAAGGACAGACCCCUGGAGCUGUUUGGGGAGUGGCAGGUGGAGCCCUAUGAGCCCCCAGUGGCUGUGAAUGGCAAGGUUCCACGCAAUGAGUAUGGCAAUGUGGAGCUGUUCAAACCCUCC